AUGCCCUCCAUUGACGAGGCCAUGGCACGGAGCCUUCGGGGCAGUGCCUGGGAGGUGGUCAAAGACAAGUUUGUCCGGACAAUUGUAGCCGACCUUUCACGACGAGACAUGCUAGCCGAUGCAGCGCAAACAACCGAUGAGGUUGCACAGAAAUCAGAAGACUUUGCAACCGCUUUCUCUAGCUGGGACAACUGUAUGAACGUGGCGUGGUGCAAGUGGCCAGUCAUUGGUGUGAUGAUCAUUGGAGGUCUCAUCAUCUUCAGUAUUGUUUGCUGCUGCCAGUGCCUGAAGUGCUGCGGUAACUGCUGCGGUGCUUGUGACCCUCCGCGCAGUGCUACGAAGCAUUUGGAUGACCCCUAUGCUCCCCAAAGUCAGCAUCAUGGAUACCGAAGUGAACCCCAAAUGAAUCCAUCAGCGCCUCAGUACGGCGUCACAAAGCCCAUGCGAUCCGAGCCACCUCAGUAUGCGGAAUUCGAAACGAGUAAAGGCAGAGACGACGAUGCCCUCCCUGAAAUGCCCAGCUGGGAGGGUGCUAGCAGCAAAAAGGUCGAGGUUCACACAGAGGCCGUUGAGCUUGACACUCUACCGUCAAAGCCACCUCAUAGUCAGCAAAGCAACAUGAUGGGUGGAGUUUCACCGAAUAAUCUGACUCCCUACAGCCAGGGACAGAGUAAUUCAAGCGGCUACCUGGGCGCUAACCAAGCUCCCGAUGCAUAUUCACCUAUAGACCAGCAGGGCUACGGAUAUCAAGCCCCCGGCAUGAACCCCAUGUACAGCAGUGCCGCUGCUGUCGCACCCAUGCCACAUGAACGUCGCUCCCCGGCCUUGAAUACCAAUGGAUACAGCAACCAAGGCUACAGCCAUGAUCAAGGAUUCGAACAAGCCCAAGGCUAUGGGCAAAUGCAGGGCUACGGGCAACAAGGCUACGGUCAAGCCACGUCCCCCAACGACUAUGCCGCAACUUAUAGUGGCUACCGAGGAACUCCCCCGCCGCGGCCCGCCAGUUUCGCCAAGCGAGCUUCAAUGCAUCAGGAUGAAUUUGGUAGUUAUGGACAGCUUCCUCCUCGCCGCUCUCCAGCUAUCCCAGAAGAUUAUGGUGGUUAUGGAUCACCCGUUCGUCAAUCACCAGGCCCCCAAAACGAUUUUGGCUACGCUCAGCCACCUCGUCAGUCUCCAGCGCCUAUGAACGAUUAUCGAGCACCGCCUCCUGGCCCCGAGGCCAGCUAUGGUGCUCAUCCUGUACAGCAGCGGCAACACAUGCCAGAGUCCCACUCUCCGCAAGAGCCAUACCCAGGUUUCAAGCCAUACCAGCCUUAA